AGCAGUGGUGAGGAAACCCAACAGCAAAGAAGUGGUGGAACAUCAUCAUCGCAAGAGUUCGCAGCCUUCUUCGUCGUCGUCGUCGUGUGUGCGCUUUUGUAAUAACCAACCAACAUCUUUUUCUGAUCGAGUGUCGCAAAGAAGGCCCUUGGUUCGCUCUCGGAACGGUCCGUAAAACAUUACAGUGCGGUGGUUCGUGAUCGUGGUAAGUGCCUCCGGCGUUGGUUGCGCUUCCGGUACGGCAUAAAGGGUCCGUUUCGUGGCACGGAAAUCGCGGCGAAUCCCGGGGAAAAUUGUGUGGUGUCUAAAAUGGACGCAACGUCGUAGUUCGAGCGAGGAGUGAAGGUUUUUUUUUGUGUGUAGUGUGAUACGGUAGAGCGGGACGGAAGCCGAAGUUCGGCGCUGGUGUUCCGUUUGCGUGUGAGUGAGAACGUCGGCUUCUACCUGAACAGUCGGGCGGACGGACUGACUGACGGAAUCUGGCAACGCUUGCUCAUCUCUUCGUUGUCCGCAGCUCAGUCUUGGCAGAGGUGUCAAACACGGAGCCAGUGCACGGCGGUUUGUUGUUGUUGUUGCUGUUCACUUUGUUGUAUGAGUGCAUGUGUUAGAAGAAACCAGCGGUAAAAUAAUGCCACACGAGUGAACGAAAAGCGAACAGACAGCCAUCGCCGACGGUGGCAGUAGUAGUAAUAAAAAUAACAACAAGUAGAAGAAGAAUAACAAGAAGUCGAAGAAAAUACGGUAAGAAGAAGAUUAAAGUUGGAGAAGAUUGCACAGUGAAGAAAGAAGCAAAAAGUCAGUGAAAUAAUAUAAAAAAAAAGUGUGCAGGAGGAAAGGAAGAAUCAAAAGAAGCGAUGGCUAUAAAUUUGAUAGAUAAGGAAUCUUUCUAUUUUGUGUGAUUUUUAAUCAGCGAUUUAUUUUUUCUGCGUUGUUUGGUUAAUGGCCUAGUUUGGUCAUACUGAAAGGAUAACAUUGGUGAAGAUCGCAAAGGAAGAAAGAAGAAGAUUGAAGGCGUUUUUUUGGAAAUCGGAGGAGAUAGCGGCAACAGGAAAGCGAGUAAGCAGCAGGCGAAUCUGCCAGGAUUAGGUUCCAGAAAGUGAAAACGAGGUGAGUUUCGUCUUCUCUGCGUGUGUACGGUUACGAGCUGUCAAAUUUCAGCUUAGCAAGCGAAAAAAAAUCCAACCAUCGAAAAGUGACGGAAGCAAGUGGUGUUUAUCUGCCAAAAAUUAAACGAGUGCGAAUUCGCUUUGUUUUGGAUUUGGUGCAAGGUACACGGGUGGUCAGAGAUUUGAUGGAAUCAGUUUUUGGCAAGUGAGGUUGUGUUUUAAAAGUUGAACGUCAUUCCGGAUUCCGGAAGCAACAGCAAAAACGGCAAACAGCAGCUCUCUAACAUCAUCAGGCAACGGCAGUAGUAGCAGCAGCAGCAGCAGCAGCAACAGUAACAGUAGCAGUAGUGGUGUGACGGCAGCCAAUAGCCAGAGCAGCGUAGCAGCGAUUAUUAUGGAAAAGGCGAAAGCCUACAUUAAAAACGAAUUACGUGGGGGCUCCUUGACAUCGCAUUCGGAGCCCCCGCCAACCAGUCAGCAACAGCAUCAUCCAGCACAGUCCCAGCACCAACCGUCGCCAACACAACAGCAAGCUGCCAGUCACGAUGAUCCAUCCACGAUCUGCUACGUAUGUGGUGCCCGUGGUGCCAUGGACCAUUUUUUCCUCCGGGUACGGCCAAACCCGGAGCGCCCUAACGAACCCUACUUUCCAUUGCUUGAAUCGCAUCCCCCUCCGAACGGUAUUCCCCAGUGGAUGCCCACCCAGUUAGGGGUUCGUGCUUGCAAUCUCUGCUAUACGGCCCUUAUCAAACAGUGGGACUACCACGAACGGGAAAGUAAGCCAAUCUCGCAGAGAUUGUACUGGCUCAAACGAACCGAUGGCAAAAGCUACAUCGGUGCUGAAAUGUCCACCCAGGGCGAAUAUGCCACCCAGGUGCUCGGACUAAACCCAGAACACGUGCCUACCAGUGGUCGUUCGCUUACGCCUCAGUCGCAACAGAUAAGUUCUUAUGGUAGAAUCGAGAGUCCCAAUAGUUUAGCACGGCCGCGGUCGCAGGAUCAUCCCGGCGCAGCUGGGGGUGGUGCUCUUCCUCUGCCACAACAUUACCAAGUAGCUAGGAACGAAAGUCCAAUCCGGUCCAGCUCGCGGAACGAAUCUCCGCAGGGCAAAGCCGAACCAUACCAUCCAACCAAACGGUACAUCGAAAAUCACAUAAACAAUAGCGGAAGCUAUAGCCAACAGGGUUCGAGGCCUUCCAGUCGAAAUGAAAAAAGUGUCACACCGAGGCCUAUGUCUAGGGAAAACCCCUCCCCAGUGGCGGCGGUCCCUAGCACUACAACAUCGGCUGUCACUCAGCCAGCGACAGCAUCCCCUGUCCUGGCCGGUCGAUUUGAUGGCAUGAAAAUGUCUUCGUUUGCUCACCAUAAGUUAAAAAUCAGUAACUAUGCAAAUUCACUAGCAGCUUCGGCUGCGGCCUCAGGUGCCGCCGCUCCGUCUGCCAAUGCUAACGAUAACAAAUCGACCUCGUCUACAUCGUCCUCCACGCAUCGGCUGGAGGAGGACGGGGCUCUGGAUUUGCGGAAUUCUGCCAUCGGACCGGUUCCAGGCGCUACCGGGACGGACAUACUGGACCUGUCGAUGCCGGACAAGAAUUCGAUGACCGAAGUGUGUUACGUGUGUGGCGACGAACAGAGGCGGGGGAGCUUGGUGGAGAUUGCAACCGUAAAGCCGAAGGAUGGCAAGGAGCAGGAGAAGCCGUACUUUCCCAUCUUCGACGAAACGCAUGCUAGGCCUGCCCGUUCACGACCAAAGGAUCCCAAAGGAUUGGUACAAGCGUGUAAAACAUGCCACCACUAUCUGAUCAAUCAAUGGCAAGCGUUAAGUGUACAAUGUGUACCGGAGGCCCACCGAAAGUAUCAGAUAAGGAAACGGCAGCCCACGCAGGAACGGGCGGCCACAUUCGUCUGCUACACAUGCGGCUUCGAUACGCCUUCCUCGCAGCUGAGGCUCGUCUACUGCUGCCCCAAUGCCGAACGAGAGCCAUACUUCCCUUUUAUCAAAACGAUGAAAGCACCGGCCAAUGCUAGUCCGAUAAGUCCCCAGGGUAUGGUGCAAAUCUGUUCAACGUGCAAUAAGAAGAACGAACCUCUGUCCGAAGGUGGCACCGUUAGCAAUGUCGAUGAAAGGUAUCCGUCUCCUACAAAAAUGACGUCUAGUGUGAUAAACGAGGUUGUUCGAUUUAAGCCUUAUGAAUCUCCUUCCGCCCUUCCUGGACCGCUACGGGAUCAGAAAGACUACCGAAGGGAUUCAAGACCAAAUACACCGCCUCACUCUCAAGGACCAGUUGAAAACGGUCAUGUUUUUUCAUGUUACAUUUGUAAGAAUAAUUUCCCGCCGCAAUCGAUGGAGUGGCUGUCGACGAGUGCCGAACAUAUGAAUUCGCAUGCAAUGCAUUUUCCCUGCCUCAAAGGCAACAGCGACCAGGGUCCGGGUCGGGUGCUAGCGUGUAAGUCCUGUGUGCACAACCUCACCGUCCAGUGGGAGACGAUGGAUGCCGAACGGGUACCGCUCGAGCACCGCAAGUACAUCAUUCCUUCGCCGACGCCGAACUCGAUAUCGCCCGGCAGCAGUGGCGGCGUCGUCGGGCAGCACCGGCCGCCAAUAGCGUUAGCCACGCCGCCAACGACGCCGGCGGGCUCGAACGCACCCAGUACCUCGGUGUACUGCUUUGUCUGUGGCCUACAUUCAGAGUUAAACUUUGCUAGGUUAAUAUAUGCCAAUAAAGAGGGUUCUAGACCUUAUUUUCCUUUUCUGUUGAAACACAAGUCACCUCCCAAUGCAGAACAGUUACGAAGUGACAGCUCGGCGUUGGUUUGUACAUUUUGUUAUCAUUCGCUGUUGAAUCAAUGGCGGAAAUAUGAAGCUCAAAACACGGUGCCCCCGAGUAAUCGCGAGUACAACUUCCACGACUACUGCUGCCACCUGUGCGGGAUCACAACCUAUCGGAAGCGAGUUCGUGCGUUGCCCAUCCGGGAGUACCCCUUCGUGGCGAAUCGAAAAAGCGACGGACUGCUGCUGGAGAACGGCGACUACGCAGUGGUCUGUCUCGAUUGCUACGAAGGGUUAAGGCAACAAUCGGCCGAGUACGAUCGAUGGGGAGUGGCGAUCGAGAAGCGGGAGUACAACUGGGUUGCACAACCACCCCCACCGGAGGACAGUCCGGAUGUGUCAGUCGCCCGCCUACCGAGCGGGGAACGGACCGAUAAAGUCAAUAAAAAUUCUCAAGUAGGUCUACGUCCAAUACCAAAUAAGAAGAACUGUUCUCCAAAGCAAGUUAGUAACGAUAAGCAGCGUGAUGCACUUCCAUCGAAGCUGGCGCAGAAACGCCCAGUCACCAGCCCAGCGCCACCAGUUCCUUCGCCACAGCUACCGCUGCAUCAUCCGUCUUCCGUGUCCCCGCACUCCAACCACAUUGUAGGCUCGAAUCAUCUUCCGCCCUCGGGGGGAUCGGGACAACCGGGAGCGCACGGUACCCCGGUGGGCGUUGUCCAGCCGUCGCCGAAUUCGGCAGGUCAAAAUGCCUCCUCGGCAGCGGCCAACAGUGGCAACAGUCGGGGUUCCUUCGCGGCUGCGCUGCGUAAUCUGGCCAAACAGGCCGACGGCAAAGACGACGAACCGGGUGGCGGUGGGACGGCAGGAGGCGGUGGAGGUGGAAAUGUUCAAGAUCGAUCAGCUCCCGACGGUCGAGGCAAUCCGGCUGCACAGAUGGACCGCCGGCAGGUCGAUGCCCGAGAUAUGAACGACUCGCGAGGCGGUUCCCUACAGGAGAGCCGUGUGAGGAGCGCUGACGCUGCCCGAGGUGGUGAUCCGAAGAAGCGCUCCUCUCCGCAGCCGCCAGAAAAGAUUCAACGGAUGAACCCUGCCAGCUCGAGUGCAAUGCAAACGGAACUGCUCGCGCGCAGUGGGUUCCAACCGUACAGGCCAGACGAACGGCUAACCCAUCCGGCUGGGUCAUUCCCGAUGGACGCCUACGCAGGUUUCGGGUCGAUCCCCGGCAUGCCACCAGGCAACCUGUUCAACCCUGCCCUGUAUCACGAUCCUGCCAUCUACAUGGAUCCCCGUUUCCAAAUGCUAAGGGCAGCCAAUCACCACUCAGCCGCGGCAGCAGCAGCCGCCGCCGCUGCACAUCCUCUGUACUCGUCUCUCCCGUACGGACCCAAUAUGUAUGCAGGGAUGAUACCCGGUAUGGGCAUGGGAGCUCAGAGCAUCCACGAACAGAUGAAAAUGGACGAGGAACGUCGUAGGAUGAGGGAAGAAGAACGUGCCAGAGAAGCGCGAGAAGCAAUGGAGAGGGAGAAGGAGCUACGGGAACAGAGGGAGAGGGAACAGAGAGAAAAAGAGCAACGGGAGAAAGAGGAACGAGAAAGAAGAGAGAAGGAGCAACGUGAAAAAGAACAACGCGAAAGGGAGAUGAGAGAAAAGGAAGAAAGAGAGAGGAGAGAACGUGAGCGAGAGCGUGAAAGGGAACGAGAAAGGAUGAUGGCAGCUUCCCAGCAUAUGAUGCACCAUUCUUUGGCGAGGCCAUUCUUCCCGAUGGGUAUUCCCUCGCCCUUGGGACUCCCAAUGAGACCUCCGGGCCUUACAUCGCCACACCAUCCACUGCAUCCUUCUUUGAGUCUAGGGAUGCUAGGUCUACCACAAGUGCCACAACAGCCACCAUCGUCGUCAUUAAAUCUGUCACAUCCACCACCUACCAGUCUUGGAGGGCACCCAUCUAUCCCGACUAGCUUGGCGGUCUACAGUCACAGUUUGCCACCUUCGUCAAUGAGUUCCAGCUAUCACAUGAGCAGUCUGAAUAUGUCCCACUCGGGCCUACCGGGAGCACAAAACCUAAGCCUAGGACACAUUCCUCCACCGGCUCACGCAUCGCUCAAUCUAUCAGCUGGACAACCGACAAUUUCAUCCGCAUCGCAACAACAUAAUUCGGGUCCACUGUCCCUAUCGACUAAAUCUCAUCAGAGUGGACCAUCAGUUCUUUCUCCUAUCAGCAGCACUGCUGGCCUUCCUCCCCAUCAUUCUCAUUCCCAUCCCUUCUACUCAUCAGCAUCGAUUCCAAACCACAAUUCCGGCAAUCCACUUGCGCUCAGUAGCAAAGUAAGCAGUAACCUGAUGUCGUCGGUCAACAGCGCCAGGACGGCGACUCCACCAACAGCAACGACUACAUCCAACAACAGCAGUUCCGUUCCUUCUGCAUCAGUUCCUUCCGUCGCCCCUGGUGGUCCACCGUUGUCGUCUGUAAAUAGUACAAACAUCGCUAGUAUUAACAACAAUCAUCAUCCCCAUCCCCAUCACCGUCAGCAGGACUCCCCACAUUCAGCCUCGGCGCCACCUUCGGCCUUGACCAAAGCUGGUGCCGCGGUGUCCGGGUCUCCUUCCCUACAACAACAGCAACCGCUAGAUAGUUCCAAUCUAAUCAAAGGCAAGAUGCCCACAUCCGAUCUGACCGCUUCGGCGGUUACGGCUGCAGCAGCGAUGGAAGAACGGACAUCACCGACGGCAGCAGCGCCGACGGGAAAAUCUGAACUGGAUAGCAAUGGACCCGUUGCGGUACCGGCAUCUGAUGAACCAGCCGGGGAAGCAAUCAAAGAAGACAAAAGAAGCGAAUCCGCCUCGACCGGAGGGCCACCUGCGCCCGAGUCGGAAGGGGUCGGUGGUGACAAGAAAUCUCCACUCAAUGGAGGCGGCAGUGGAAGUCCUGCGGCACCCGGUUCCGUCGGAACGCCACCAGCCGUAACUGUUUCGCAAACUGCUUCUUCAGGUAAUAACAGUAAUAGUAAUAAUAGUAGUAAUAACAGUAAUAGUAGUAGUAGUAGUAGUAGUAGUAGUAGUUGCAACACUAGCGGUAAGAAUGAACACAAAGAACGCGACGCGACAAAGAGUAGUGGCGGCGCAGAUUCGCUGGCCCGCAACGGUGCUAACAGUAAUAACGGUAGCAGUGGCAGCAGUAGUAGUACUGCGACUUCUUCCGGCGCUACGGACGGAAGUGUAGAAACGGUAGGGAAGCAAAAACAGCAGAAAGCUAGCAGUAAUGGAAAUGGUACUGCGACGACCACAGUCGGUAAGGAGAACCGAUGAUUGGGAAGUGUUAACAACUGUUGUACGGAUUUCCCAAAAUCAAGUGUGUAUGUGUGAGUUGGAAACCUACUGGGCGGUUUAUUGCACACGUGGAUGUAAUCGAUAAUAACCCGGACCAAGGAUCCUAUUUCGUCCUGAUCCUGUUUGACUUGAUUUUUAGUGAGAUUCGUAAACUUCAGUGGGUCAAGUAAAAACAUGCACUAUCCGGUAUCAUAAUAUCGUUCCAUGAAUACAGCACCCAAGACGGUAAACUUCCUGUUAACCACGUCUGAGGUUGCGGGUUCGAUUCCCCCGACAGUUUGAGGGUAAACGUUGAAUUUAAAUUGAAACUUCAUGAACGAACCCUUGAACCUUCGCGGGAAAUAAGAGUUUAUGUGUAUGUGCUUAUUUGACAUACUCAAGAGCCCCAGUUGUGAAUCAAAAUGAUCCAAUCCGGUGCCGGUUCCGUACGCGGAAUGACUUAACUAUAAACCGAAUAUCUAGAAACCUGGUGUUGAAAGUCGAACGAUGUCUGCUUUAAAAGAGAAACAACACAAACCAUCUUAAUUAGCUGUGUAAGUAUCUAACUGUAACUGCGUCGCUUUAGUGAAAACAGCUGGUUCAUUGAAACUACACACAAAAUACAAUACGUUUCCAAUCAAACUACUUGUUAUCAAAGCUUUGGUUAGGACUUAUAAACAUUAUUUUCCGCCACACCGAUUACGUUUAUUGCUAUUCUUUAUCUAUUUUACCUUUAAAUUAACAAUAAUAAUUAUGGUAGUGCCGGGGUGCCUCGACUGGUUUAUGGUCGCAAUCGAAGCAAAGUAAUCGAUGAAAUAUGAAUGACGGCACCCGACGGCAUGGUUAAGUUUAUAAACACUGUUCUCUUAAAUAUGCGCUUCUCUCGUCUGAUGAGAAACUAGAACUCUUAGGUUUAAAGGCUACCAAUCAAAUGAUAGAGUUGGAGGAAAGUUAUAAUGAAAAAUAACGCUAAAGAAAUACGGUAAUGAACUGAGAGAGUAAACACAGUAGCAGUGGUGUAUACCAACCUUAAACAUAUUUGAUAUAGUAAACUAUAAAAGGGAAACGAUGCAUGCGAAUAGGGCGGGAAUGAAACGAACUAAUUUAUUCGGAGAUUAGUUUGAGCUUACACAACACACAAUGAAACAAAUAGACAUUGUAGAUUGGUCUACUGAGUGACGCGUGGCUUGAAACAUUUAGUUAAAACAAUAUCUAAAUAUCCUAAAACCUAAAUAAUCGUAACAGCACCUAUAACAGCGCAUAUUGACUAAGCCGACGGAUGGUGUGUUUGUUGGAUCCUAAACCCCGUUGAAUGCGAAUGUGAGAAAGAUUUUUAUAAGGAAUUGAUGACGUAAAAUUGAGCUCUAUUAGGUGGAACAAAAAAUGCGCGAAAGUGUUCUCUAUGCAUAUGGAAAAUUUGAAACCGUCUUAAGUAAGUUCGAACGGUAAAAUGUAGAAAAACGUGAAAAAAAAAAAGAUUCGUUAAGGAAACUAUUUGAUAGUUGGUAGUAUUAGGUUUUACGAUUAAAUGGUAAACAUAUUAUCACUAGUUGAUAACGAGAGGAACCUGUAAAAAAAGUGAAGCAAAUGCACAUUUAUAUGAAAAAGAA